AUGGCCAAGUGUAAAGUUACUGGACGUAACUUGUUAACCAUUUACCAUCCACUUUUUACCAAAGGUACCAAGUGGUGUGGACCUGGUAAUGUAUCAAAAGGGUACGACGACUUAGGUAAGAAAGCAAAAACAGACAUGUGUUGCCGAGACCACGACACCUGUGAUGACUUCAUGACUGCUGGUGAAACAAAGCACGGACUGACAAACAAUGCCAAAUACACAAGGUUGAAUUGUAAGUGUGACGAAGAAUUCAGAAAAUGUUUAACGAGUGUGAAUACAUCUACAGCCCAAGCCGUCGGAAAAUUUUACUUCAACGUCGUCCAGAAUAAAUGUUAUAAGUUAGACUACCUACAAAUAAAGUGUCUAAGCUGGGGAGGAUUGUUUAAGAGAAGUUGCCAAGAGUAUGAACUGGAUACAACUAAACAGAAGACUUGGCAGUUUUUUGACGCCAUUGAAUUCAAAAAACCGAAAUAG